UACGACUUCUAAUUUUGCAGAGAAAUUGAGACAAGUACAUGUACAAGGAUUUCAACAAAGUACCAGUUCAACAAAGUAUCUGUAUUGCCUGACCGAGUAUGGACCAGGAGGAUGGGGAACUGGUAUCAUCUCUAGAGAGCAUCGCGGCUGAGAAGAAAUGCGGCUGUGCCGGCGCAGUGAGGAGUGCCAGUCACAUGACCGACAUUGUAUCGCACUUGCGUCAGCUAUUCAACAGUGCCAUUACGGCAGCGUAUCCGCAGAUCCAGAAGCCGUCUGCUCUGAUCGCUCUGGGCAAGAAGGGUGUAGAUUACCAGGUCAAUAGCGCCAUGAGCUUGACGAAAGAGCUAAAAGCAACGGGUGUCAAUGCCAACCCACGGCAGAUCGCUGAGGCAAUUGUCAAGAACUGUCCACCCAGCGACCUGGUGGAUAAGCUUGAAGUUGCUGGCCCAGGCUUCAUCAACAUCCACAUCAAGGUGUCGGUCGUGUCUGGCCUGCUGAGCGACGUUCUCACCCACGGCGUGCGUGCACCGGAUGUGGGUGAAAAGCGCCGGGUGGUGAUUGACUACUCGUCGCCAAACAUCGCCAAGCAGAUGCAUGUUGGUCACUUGCGCUCCACUGUCAUCGGCGACUGCCUGGCUCGUAUCAUCGAGUAUUGUGGACACGAUGUGCUUAGACUCAAUCACAUCGGAGAUUGGGGCACACAGUUCGGCAUGCUCAUUGCACAUCUCGAAGACAAGUUUCCGAACUUCGAGAGCGAGUCUCCUCCAAUUGGUGACCUGCAAUCUUUCUACAAGGAAUCGAAGGUUCGCUUCGAUGGCGAAGAAGAUUUCAAGAAACGUGCCUAUAAGAACGUUGUGCUCCUACAAGGCGGUGACAAGAAGAUUCGUACCGGCUGGUCUCACAUCUGUGAGAUUUCACGACACGAAUUUGCUCAGAUAUAUUCUCGCCUUGGUAUUGGAAAGGAACUGGUUGAGCGAGGGGAAUCGUUUUACCAGCCACUCAUGAACGAUGUUAUCCAUGACCUUAAGAGCAGAGAUUUAAUAUCAGAAGAGGACGGAUGCAAGGUGUUGCAUUUGAAAAAGCAGAAGGUGCCUUUGAUCUUGGAGAAGAGUGUCGGUGGAUAUACGUAUGACACGUCUGAUGUAGCCGCACUGCGCCAUCGCCUACAGGAGGAGAAGGCCUCUUGGCUCGUCUAUGUUGUGGAUGCUGGCCAGGGUCUUCACUUCCAGCAAAUCUUUGAGGGCGCUAAGAUUGCCGGCUACUCGAAUGACAGUUGCCGCAUUGAGCAUGUUGGCUUUGGCCUUGUACUGGGAGAGGGCAAGAAGAAGUUGAAGUCCCGAUCGGGCGACACCGUCAAGCUGAAGGAACUCCUCGACGAGGGCGUGGAGAGAUCAGCAGAGAAGCUGAAGGAGAGGGGCCGUGAUGAGGUCUUAAGUCCUGAAGAGCUAGCAGCUGCUCGCGACGCUGUUGCUUACGGAUGCAUCAAGUAUGCCGAUCUGUGUCAUCAGCGAACGCACGACUACGUCUUCUCCUUUGAUAAGAUGUUGGAUGACAAGGGCAACACGGCCGUGUACUUAUUGUAUGCCUACACUCGCAUUCAGUCCAUUAUCCGACUUGCGAAGUCAGACUCGGGUGCGCUGACAGCUCGUGCCGCUACCACCGAGCUGGUUCUUGGAGAGGCGGCCGAGGUCAAGCUGGCGAAGCACGUGCUGCGCUUUGCCGAGGUCAUACAGCGCAUCCACGAAGACCUGCUCCCACAUGUUCUCUGCGAGUACCUGUAUGAUUUGAGCACGCACUUCACUGAAUUCUAUGACUCUUGCUACUGCGUGGAGAAGGACCGCGAGACUGGCGAGGUACUUAAGAUCAACUGGUCUCGAAUUCUCAUCUGUGAAGCAACAGCUCGCGUCAUGGCCAAGGGCCUCAGCCUCCUGGGCAUUACCACCGUGGAUCGCAUGUAAAUUGCAUGCUUUCCACGCCUGCACACUGCUGGGCAGAACUACCGUACUCACUUGAUUAGAAGCCCCUCUCGAAUAAAAGCCCCUCUUGAAUAAUAGCCCCCCUACAAGGACUGCAAUUUCAAAUUUAGACUUCACGGAGAAUUUCAAAGUUUUAGGAAAUUAGAGGCCACAUGCCACGUACUGCUCUUUUCUCUCCGAAACUCUACACUUGCAAGCCAGAUAUGAAAGAAAGAAAAAAUCAUCAGUCACACCACCGGGACUCGAACCAGGGACCUUGCUAUUCGCGAGCAAUGCUCUAACCAACUGAGCUACAGUAUGACUCUUAUCCACGGUGAUGGUAAAUCUAUCCUUCUUCGAUCAAUCCAUAUCUGGCUUGCAACAUACUGGCAACUCACACCAAUCAAGGGGGCCCUCGGCCAUUCGCUUGAUAUCAUGGGGAGCGCAUCAAACUAUGUCCGCUGCGAGCAAAUACAAACUGUGGAUAAGAGUCAUGCUGUAGCUCAGUUGGUUAGAGCAUUGCUCGCGAAUAGCAAGGUCCCUGGUUAGAGUCCCGGUGGUGUGACUGAUGAUUUUUUCUUUCUUUCAUAUCUGGCUUGCAAGUGUAGAGUUUCGGAGAGAAAAGAGCAGUACGUGGCAUGUGGCCUCUAAUUUCCUAAAACCUACAAGGACUGUUUGAAAAAAUACAAGCCCCUCUCGAAUAGAAGCCCGGACUACUAUUCGCAAAGCAUGGGUUGACCAGGUAGUGCCAUGUAUGAAGGUCAAGUCUGCAAAAAACAUCUCGUGCAUGUUCCUAUUGGUACAUGUCCUGGUCGAUGUAGUGUUUGCAAACUAACUCGGGGCCGAGUUGCUGUGAAUAUGAAAGUUUUACAGAUUCGAUUGGAAUACUGGUAUGGAAUGAAACAAUAAAAGCCCUCUCGAAUAGAAGCCCCUCUUGAAUAGAAGCCUCCUCGAAAUUGGUAUUGAAAAAAAUUGAAGCCCCCGGCUUCUAAUCGAGUGAGUACGGUAUGUCACCAUGCACGGUGAUGCACCUCUUCCACAUCUGUUCUGCCAUCAUGGUAGUCGUCCUGUGUCAUUAAAUUUCAGUGGCUCUGCUUUGCUCUUCAAGCAUUGCCUUGUCUCAUAUUUUUGAUUUAACUUUUUCUCUUAGCCCAUACCCUGGGUUUCUCUGCUAUUAAACUCCUUGUAAAUAAUAUAUAAUUACUGGCUUUGCUGCAGUAGUUCAAUUCUUGAUGAUCA